GGAUGGGCUUGUACCUCCUGCGCGCCGGGGUGCGCCUGCCUCUGGCCGUCGCGCUGCUGGCCGCCUGCUGCGGGGGGGAAGCGCUCGUCCAGAUUGGGCUGGGCGUCGGGGAGGAUCACUUACUCUCGCUCCCCGCCGCGACAUGGCUGGUGCUGAGGCUGAGGCUGGGCGUCCUCAUGAUCGCCUUGACUAGCGCUGUCAGGACGGUGUCCCUCAUUUCCUUAGAGAGAUUCAAGGUCGCCUGGAGACCUUACCUGGCGUACUUGGCCGGCGUGCUGGGGAUCCUCCUGGCCAGGUACGUGGAGCAAAUCUUGCCGCAGUCAGCGGGGGCGGCUCCGAGGGAGCAUUUUGGGUCCCAGCUGCUUGCUGGGACCAAGGAAGAUAUCCCGGUAUUUAAGAGGAGGAGGCGGUCCAGCUCCGUGGUGUCCGCCGAGAUGUCCGGCUGUAGCAGCAAGUCCCAUCGGAGGACCUCUCUGCCCUGCAUACCGAGAGAACAGCUCAUGGGGCAUUCAGAAUGGGACCACAAACGAGGGCCAAGAGGAUCACAGUCUUCAGGAACCAGUAUCACUGUGGACAUUGCCGUGAUGGGUGAGGCUCACGGCCUCAUCACUGACCUUCUCGCAGACCCUUCUCUGCCUCCCAACGUGUGUACAUCCCUGAGGGCAGUGAGCAACCUCCUCAGCACACAGCUCACCUUCCAGGCCAUUCACAAGCCCAGAGUGAACCCCGCCGUUUCUUUCAGUGAAAACUAUACCUGCUCAGAUUCUGAAGAAAGCGCUGAAAAAGACAAGCUGGCUAUUCCCAAGCGCCUGAGAAGGAGUUUGCCCCCUGGUUUGUUGAGACGAGUUUCAUCGACUUGGACAACCACCACCUCAGCCACGGGUCUGCCCACUUUGGAACCUGCCCCAGUACGGAGGGACCGGAGUGCCAGCAUCAAACUGCAUGAGGCACCUUCAUCCAGUGCUAUUAAUCCAGAUUCGUGGAAAAACCCAGUGAUGAUGACUCUCACCAAAAGCAGAUCCUUUACUUCGUCCUAUGCUGUUUCUGCAUCUAACCACGUAAAGGCUAAAAAGCAAAGCCGACCGGGUUCUCUAGUGAAAAUUUCACCUCUUUCAUCACCCUGUUCUUCGCCUCUCCAAGGGACUCCUGCCAGCAGCCCAGUCAGCAAAAUUUCUACAGUGCAGUUUCCAGAACCUGCUGAUGCAACGGCCAAACAAGGCCUGAGUUCUCACAAGGCCUUAACUUACACUCAGAGUGCCCCUGACCUUUCUCCUCAUAUCCUGACUCCACCUGUUAUAUGUAGCAGCUGUGGCAGACCAUAUUCUCAAGGGAAUCCUGCUGAUGGACCCCUGGAGAGAAGCGGGCCAGCCAUUCAGGCACAAAGCAGAACAGAUGACACCGCUCAAGUUACCUCUGAUUAUGAAACCAAUAACAACAGUGAUAGCAGUGAUAUUGUACAGAAUGAAGAUGAGACUGAGUGCUCCAGAGAGCCUCUGAGGAAGGCAUCAGCUUGCAGUGCCUACACGCCUGACACCAUGAUGUUCCUGGACAAACCAAUUCUUGCUCCUGAACCUCUUGUCAUGGAUAAUUUGGACUCAAUUAUGGAGCAUCUAAAUACUUGGAAUUUUCCAAUUUUUGAUUUGGUGGAAAAAAUAGGAAGAAAAUGCGGCCGUAUUCUUAGCCAGGUAUCAUACAGACUUUUUGAAGACAUGGGUCUCUUUGAAGCUUUUAAAAUUCCAAUUAGAGAAUUUAUGAAUUAUUUUCAUGCUUUGGAGAUUGGCUACAGGGAAAUUCCUUAUCAUAACAGAAUCCAUGCCACUGACGUCUUACAUGCUGUUUGGUAUCUUACAACACAACCUAUCCCAGGCCUCUCAACUGUGAUUAAUGAUCAUGGAUCGACAAGUGAUUCAGAUUCUGACAGUGGAUUUACACAUGGACAUAUGGGAUAUGUAUUCUCAAAAAUGUAUAACGUGCCAGAUGAUAAAUAUGGAUGUUUGUCUGGAAAUAUCCCUGCCUUAGAGUUGAUGGCAUUAUAUGUGGCUGCUGCCAUGCAUGAUUAUGAUCACCCGGGAAGGACUAAUGCUUUUCUGGUUGCAACUAGUGCCCCUCAGGCGGUGCUCUACAAUGAUCGUUCAGUUUUGGAAAAUCACCAUGCAGCUGCUGCUUGGAAUCUUUUCAUGUCCCGGACAGAAUAUAACUUCUUAGUUAACCUUGACCAUGUGGAAUUUAAGCACUUCCGUUUCCUCGUCAUCGAAGCAAUUUUGGCCACCGACCUGAAGAAACACUUUGACUUUGUAGCCAAAUUUAAUGCCAAGGUGAAUGAUGAGGUUGGAAUAGAUUGGACCAAUGAAAAUGAUCGUCUGCUGGUUUGUCAAAUGUGCAUAAAGUUGGCAGAUAUCAAUGGGCCAGCUAAAUGUAAAGAGCUCCAUCUUCAGUGGACAGAGGGUAUUGUCAAUGAGUUUUAUGAACAGGGUGAUGAAGAGGCCAGCCUUGGGUUACCAAUAAGCCCCUUCAUGGACCGCUCUGCUCCUCAGUUGGCCAAUCUUCAGGAAUCUUUCAUCUCACACAUCGUGGGUCCUCUGUGCAACUCCUAUGAUUCAGCAGGACUUAUGCCAGGGAAAUGGGUGGAAGACAGUGAUGAAUCAGGAGAUACUGAUGACCCGGAAGAAGAGGAGGAAGAGGAGGAGGCACCAAAAGAAGAGGAAACCUGUGAAAAUAAUGACUCUCCAAGAAAGAAAACUUUCAAAAGGAGGAAAAUCUACUGCCAAAUAACUCAGCACCUCCUGCAGAACCACAAGAUGUGGAAGAAAGUCAUUGAGGAGGAACAGCGGUUGGCAGGCAUAGAGUCUCAAUCCCUGGACCAGGCCCCCCAGCAGCAUUCCUCAGAACAGAUCCAGGCUAUCAAGGAAGAAGAUGAGGACAAGGGGAAGCCGAGAGGAGAGGAGACCCCAACACCAAAGCCAAACCAGUGACAAUGGAUAGAAUGAGCUGUGUUUCCAAACAGAGUGACUUGUCACAGACUCUUUUCAAGCCAGCACAACACUUAGACACAACACUGUAGAAAUACAAGAAGAUGGGCAAACAGCUAUUGCAUUUUGGGAUUCUU